AAAAAAAAAAGUCGACCUCGUUCAUAACAGCCAAGCAUUGCUCUCGAUACUGGAAUUAUUUUCUCAUUUAUAUUUAUCGUCUCUGAACUGCCGAAAUGUCUGCCAUUGGAUCCUUGAUUUUCUGCACUGAUUGCGGGAAUCUACUUGAUGAAUCGACUGGCGACGCGACUGCCAUUCUUCUCUGCAAUGUAUGCGGAGCGAGAAACAAAGAUGCUCUUCCCAAGACCAUCGUCUCCCAGUCCAAGCCGAGUGAUUUCCCGUCGAUACUCAGAGCGAAGAGAUCCGCCGUCCAGACCUUGACUGCUGCAGACAAGAAGACAGAAGCCCUCGGCCAACACACUUGUGCGAAAUGCGGGAGGAAGGAGAUGUACUUCACGACUGUACAAUUGCGUAGUGCGGACGAAGGCAGCACAGUCUUUUAUACAUGUGUUUGCGGCUAUAAGGAAACGGUCCAGAACUGAGUGAUUAGCAAGUCGGAGAGAAGAAGAAAAAAAAAUAGAAAAACAAAACUGAUAAUCAUGCUCUGCUUACUAGAAGCAGACAGACUUAAUGCCAGCGACGUCAUAAACUUACAUAGGAAGCAUCCUCAUUUUUCUCACAUUCAUGUCGAUUUUUGCUUGGAGUUAGCAUCAGAGGAUGGGCUUGAAUGCAUCUGUUUUGAUCAUGUCAAUCGAGGCCAAUUUGAAGGGUUUUUUUAGUUAUUGCAAAUCAAAUGGGACCUUACGACUUCUGC